AUGAGUGGUGCGUUGUUUCAUAACCUUGCCAGAUUCAACAUGACAAAUGCACCAGUGCUGUGUGCUGCCUUCGACAAGAAGCCCUUCUGGUUCCCUGCAGACUUCUUCACUCUCGAAUGCUUCCUUGCUAACUCCAUUCAAGAGGUGGAGCUAGGCCGUGAUGUGGUGCCCAUAGGCCGUCGCCAGCUGCAAGUCGCGUUCAACGAACGGCCAGGAGGCAACAACAUGCCAGCCCUCUUCAGUAACUCUCAGUCGGGUCACAUGCGUGCCUUGGGUCUUCCUGGUGCGUUUUCUGCUGAUGACCGCGCCCAGGCGGAGGUGUACGAGGCGAUGAAGCAGACGCUGAAGGAGAGUCAGGAGAAGCUGAUGGAGCGCGACGACACGAUCCGCGCGCUGAGGGAGGUGCUGGCGGCGCUGGGGCCCAAGCUCAAGGCACGGGAGGACGAGCUGGAGGAGUACGAGGUGCACGUGUGCGAGCUCAAGCAGCGCCUGCUCAUGGCUGAGAAGAAGGUGAACGAGCUACAAACGGCUCUGGCUAUGACGCCCGACAGAAUGAAGGCAGCGUUGGAGGAGGCGGGGGAGAGGGAGGCGUCGUUGGAGGCCAAGUGCCGCAUGCUGGAGGGCGAGUGCGAGAGGAGCCGCGCUGCCAUCCUCGCUGCCCAGCAGCAGGCCGACUCCCUCACUCGCACGCUGAGAGUGAUGGAGAUUGAGAAGCUCAAGGCGGACAGGGAGCGCUCACAGCAGGUGCGCAGUGUGCGGGCGGAGAAGGUGGAGUUGGAGCACGAGAUAGCGCGCCUCAAGGACGCCCUCAAAGCAGCAGGCGGCCACCUCUCCUCUCCGGACAGGCCCGACCCUCCUCGCCGCCGCCUCACCUCCCAGCUCUCUCCCCACAUCCCUAGCCGCCCAGGCUUCCCCACAUCCGCGUCUCUCUCAUCAGCAGACACACACGACAGGGAGGGCCGUAGGUCCUUCACGCGCUCCUCUAGCCGCAGCAGCCAGGAUCUGGAAGGCCGCGAGGGGCUGGGGAGUGUUGACGAGUCGAGCCAAGGCGACAGGGAUGAGAUGUUUGAGACGCGAUCGGUGGAGAGUUUGGAAGAGGGAACUGUUGGCAUUGUUGGAGGGCGAGCGUGCGAGGGCAGCAGCAGGGGAGCGGCGGCUGAGGCAGUUGCAGGAGGAGAUGAGUCAACUGCAGACAGACCUGAUCCGGUGGCAGCAGGCGGCGAGGGAGGGCGAGGAGGCGCGGCAGCAGGCGGUGGCAUGGCAGCAGCGGUGCACGAUGGUGGAGGAGGAGCUGCAGCAGCGCCGCAGCGAGGCAGGCUUCCUCAGAAGCGAGGUCUCCCGUCUGCGCACGCUGCUGCAGGGCGAGCAGGGGGAUCCGGGACAGGAGGGGCAGCAGGGGGAAGCAGCGAGGACAAUCAUAGGGAUGCAGGCACGCAGGGAGAGGAGGAGGGGCAGGGAUGGGCUCAGCCAGAGGGAGGUGCAGCAGGGAGCGGGUGUGCAGAUGGCUCUACAGGCGUGUCAGGUGCUUCUAUUAGCAGCAGUCAUCCUGUGGAAGGUUCAGCUGGCUCAGAGGAGCAAGGCUAUGGGCGUGGGAAUGGGGGCGGAGAUGGUAGGGGGUCUAGUGGAGGUGAAGGGUGGGAAGGAGAGGCUGGGGAACGGAGAGAGGGGGACAUGGAAAGAGGAGAAGCAGUGGGAGGGGGUGUUGGAGGAGGGGUAGGAGGUUCAGGGAGGGGCGAGCUGGAAGGGGUGGGAGAGAUAGACAGACAGGGAGGGGAGGGGGUUGGGAGGGAGGAUAGGGCAGCGUCUGGUGCAGGACGCGAGGAGGGUGGGAGGUUGGAACAGGAUGGAAAUGCUGGUGGUGUGAGGAAUAAAGGCGAGGCAACGGCAGCUGGAGCAGGAGGAGCAGUUGCAGCAGGAGGGGUGUGUGAGAGGUGUGGGAGGGGGAAUAACGUGGGGGUAGGGCCGUCCAGGAGCCAUGAUGCAGAAGAGGCUGCUAUGCUCAGAUUCGAGGCGGCGCGGCUGAUGGAGUCGAUGGCAGCGAUGGAGGCGGAGAGGCAGCAGCUGCGCAUAGCGGUGCGCGACAGAGACGAGGUGGUCAGGCGCGUUGAGAGGGACGCACAGGAGCUCCGAUACGCCAACGAGGAGGCGACCACGCAGCUGGCAACGUAUCGCCAGCUCAUUGACAACCUCUCCUCCUCCUCGCCGUCUCGCUCCCACCAGCACGUGGACGUGGAGAGGGAGCGGGCGCAGCAGCGCAUCCUGCAGCAGCGGGUGGAGCAGCUAGCGCAGCAGGUGCAGGCGGGCAGGCAGGACAUGGAGGGGCUACGGCAGGCGCUCAAGGCGGCCAGGGAGGACGUGGCUGAGAAGGACGUGCGCAUUAGGGAGCUCGUGAAGCAGCUGCAGCACUGCGAGAUGAGCGCAGCAUCCCAGCAGCAGAAGCUGCAGCAGGCUGUGAGGGCAGCGAGAGAGGAGGUGGAGGAGAAGGAGGAUGAGAUUCAAGUGCUGGUGGAUAAAGUCAGAAGCAUGGAGCCUCACGAGGGAGGAGAGGAGCAAGGGCGAGCGCAGCAGCAGCAGGAGCAGACAGAACAGGAAUGCCACUCGCUGCGGCAAGAGAACGUGGCACUAAGGAACAAAAUCGAGGGCCUGAGGCAGGAGACUGAACGGCUAAGGGAGGAGAUUGAGGGGCUCAAGGAGGACGCACAGAGGGCUGCGCAGCAGGGCGAGGAGUUGAGGCAGGCGGUGCAAGGGGCGCGGGAGGAGGUGGGGGAGAAGGAGGAGAGGAUUCGCGCCCUGCAGGACAGGCUGGAGCGGAUUGAGAUGCAGGAGGAGGAGUCAGGCCUACAGGACAUGCUGGCAGCGCUGCAGGCGUCGGUGCGGGACAAAGAGGAGACGCUGCGGUCGCUCAAGACGGCGCUGGCUCUCUCAGACACGCGCGCCAAGGACGCCACCUCGCAGCUCGAGCCCCUCAAGCUGGAACUGCAGCAGCUGCGCCUGCAGAUGGACGAGCAGCAGGCAGCACGGGAGGAGGAGCUUCGGCUCGUUGCAGCUCGUAUGGAGGAGCGCAAUAAGGCGCAGGAGGCAGAGCUGCAGCAGUCAACAGCCACCAUGGAGGCCCUGAAGGCGGGUCAUGAGAGAGAGAUGGAGCAGAUCAAGAGAGCAAUGGCAGCAGCCAGGGCAGCACAUGAAGCAGAGCUUCAGCACCUCAAAGACACCACGGCAGCAGAGGCAGCAUCGCAGGGGGCGGAUCUGCAGCACCUUAAAGAUCAGCUGGAUGCGUGCAAGGCAGCACACGAGGCAGAGCUCCGUCAACUGCUAGAUCAAAUGGAAGUGAUGAAGGCAAGCCAUGAGAGGGACAUGGAGCAUGCCAAGGCAGCCAUGGGCACACCAGAGCCCAUUGUGGCGAGCAGCGCAGGUGCAGGUGCAGGGCAGGGCAGGGAGGAGGUGGAAGCGCUGCAGAGGAGAGUGGCAGAGCUGGAGGCCACAGUGGAUGGCAAGUCCCGUGAGCUUGCCAUGGCAUCAGAGUCAUCAGAGGGGGAUAUGCAAUCCGUGCUGGCACAGCUGGAGAGCUGCAAGGAGCAGGAGAGGAAGCACAAGGAGCACGCGCAGCAGCUACAGGAAACCCUCAAAACCUACGAGCUCUCCCAGCUGCGCGCGCAAGAGCUACAAUCCGCAAAUGACGAGUUGCGGGACCAAUCGGAACGGCUUUUAGCUGAGAUCCGGAGCUUAGAGAUGGUGGUGGCGGGGGUAGAGUCUUUUGAUCCGAGGCGGCCCAACCACCGGGUGCGGUUGCUGCGGCAUCCGUCUUUUAUGUGCUCCGUGUGUCGGGGGAGUGGGAGCGGGAUUGCGUGGCGGUGCAUCACUGGGAGGUGUAGCGACUCGAUUCAUCUGUCUUGCUUGACUUCCAGGUGA